CAGUGGACAAAGCGCCGCCCGGUUUCCCGUCCAUCGCACCACCGCCCACCACGAUGGUGGUGGAGGUGGGCCACACCGCCACGCUGCCGUGCCAGGCCAGCGGCAGCCCAACACCCCGCGUGCGUUGGCUGUGGAACUCGCUGCCGUUGGACGUCGCGUCCAACCCACGUUACGCGUUGCUGAAUGAUAAGAUGCAUGGUACAUUACAAAUAGUGAAGAGCGAGGAAGAAGACCAAGGGAAGUUUGAGUGUGUAGCCGAAAACGCCAUCGGGACGGAGUUCUCGAAGCCAACUUCUUUGUACGUUAAAGUUCGAAGAGUAGCGCCACAGUUCUCAAUACCUCCGCCGGCGCGCACAGAGGUGAUGCUGGGUAGCAAUCUCACGCUGAAGUGCGUCGCCUUCGGAUCACCGAUGCCCACAGUUAAAUGGAAGAAAGGUUUAACAAAAUGGCUGACCCCCGAAGACAACCCACCGCUAGGGCUCAACACUCUGAAGCUGGAAGACAUCAGGGAAUCUGCCAACUACACCUGCGAAGCGGCUAGUGUGUUAGGUGUUAUAGAAACCACAGCCGAAGUUAAAGUACAGUCAUUGCCGGGACCACCGAAUGAAGUGAGGGCAUCAGAAAUCACAGCUACCACGGUGAGAUUGGCGUGGACUUACAGUGGACUAGAAGAACCCCAGUACUAUGUUAUUCAGUACAAGCCGAAAUAUGCGAAUCAGGCAUUCAGUGAGAUAUCUGGGGUCAUCACCCAAUACUACUCCGUCACGAACCUGUCUCCUUACACGGAAUACGAGAUGUACGUGAUAGCUGUCAACAACAUCGGGAGGGGCCCGCCAUCUGCACCAGCGGUGAUCACCACCGGGGAAACUGUGGAUUCCCUAUAUGGAGGUGCAAGACCCGGUUCAGCGCCUAGAAAUGUUCAAGUUCGUCCAUUAAGUUCUAGCACUAUGGUGAUUCAAUGGGAUGAACCUGAAACGCCUAACGGACAAGUAACUGGAUACAAAAUUUAUUAUACGUCCGAUCCAUCUCAGUCACUGCAAUCGUGGCACUCGCAAAUGAUGGACAACAACCACCUGACCACCAUCAGCGAGCUGACCCCGCACACCGUGUACACGAUACGGGUGCAGGCCUUCACGUCAGUGGGCCCCGGCCCCAUAUCUGCGCCCGUGCAAGUCAAAACACAACAAGGAGUACCGUCCCAACCAUCUAACUUAGUGGCAGUGGAAGCAGGGGAGACGUCGGUCACGCUCAACUGGAAGAGACCAGCGCACGCCGGAGACAAUAUCGUGUCGUAUGAGUUGUACUGGAACGACACGUACGCUAAGGAGCACCACAGAAAGCGGAUACCAAUAACGGAAUCGUACACCCUCAACGGCUUAUAUCCGAACACCCUGUACUACAUCUGGCUGGCGGCGAGGUCUCAGCGCGGCGAAGGAGCCACCACACCCCCUAUAGCCGUGCGCACCAAGCAAUACGUUCCCGGAGCACCGCCUAUGAAUGUGACCGCCGCCGCGGUAUCUCCCACCGCUAUAAGGGUGUCGUGGCAGCCGCCGCCCGCCGAACGGGCGAACGGAAGGAUCGCCUACUACAAACUGCUUUGCGUGGAAAGUGGGAGGGGGGACUCGGAGGCGACGGUGGUGAAACUGAACCAGACGAGCUUCGAGCUAGACGAGCUGCGGCGCUGGACGGAGUACCGCAUCUGGGUGCUGGCCGGCACCAGCGUCGGCGACGGGCCCGCCUCCUACCCGGUCACUGUCCGCACGCACGAAGACGUGCCCGGAGAACCACAAGACGUAAAAGUUAACGCGAUCAACUCGACGUCGAUCCAUGUCACGUGGAAGCCACCGCAGGAGAAGGAGAAAAAUGGUAUUAUCAGGGGGUACCAUGUUCAUGUUCAGGAACUCAGAGAAGAGGGAAAAGGUUUUCUCAAUGACCCGAUGCGCUUCAACGUGAUGGACGACACGACGCUUGAGUUAAACAUAUCUGGCUUGCAACCGGACACUCGGUAUAGCGUGCAAGUGGCGGCUCUCACAAGGAAAGGUGACGGUGAUCGUAGCCCGCCUACAACUGUUAAAACGCCGGGUGGUGUGCCAAACCGGCCCACUGUUACUUUAAAAAGUGUGGGGCGUGACCCUAAUGUAUCAAUUGAAAUAGAAUGGGCGAAACCAGCCCAAACUUAUGGUGAUCUUUUAGGCUAUAGAAUGAGAUUCGGCAUUAAAGAUCAACCACUAGAAGAAGUUAAUUUUACUGGAACCAAAGUUAACUCGCAUAAGAUUAAUGAUUUAGAGAGAGGAGUACAGUACGAGUUUAGAGUAGCAGGAAGAAAUCAAAUAGGAAUUGGCCAGGAAACAAUCAAAUAUUGGCUUACGCCUGAAGGUGCGCCCAAAGGACCUCCUGCAAAUGUUACUUACCAUUUCCAAACUCCUGACGUGAUUAGUAUUACGUGGGAAGCACCCAUAAGAGCAGACAGAAGUGGCAAAAUAAAAAAAUAUGACGUCCAGUUUUAUAAGAGAGGAGAUCAAUCGUCUCUAGUAGAAAAAACAACUGAGCACACAAAAGCCGUAUUUACUGGCUUAGAAGAAGAUGCACAUUAUGUGUUUAAAGUAAGGGCUUACACGGAUCAAGGUGCAGGCCCUUAUAGUAAAGAUAUUACGGCUCACACUGAAAGGGACAUUGGUAGAGCGCCCAUGUCAGUCAAAGCCGUUGCCACUUCUGAAUCUGGUGUGGAAGUAUGGUGGGAACCAGUUCCGUCAAGAAAGAAAAUCGUCGGUUAUGUUAUAUUUUUUACAAUGACUCCAGUUGAGGAUUUAGAUGAAUGGCAGCAGAAAACUGUUCAUGUUACACAUUCUGCUGAUUUGGAAAACCUAGAAAAAUUUGCAGAAUAUGCUAUAGCUGUAGCAGCAAAGACGGCUGAUGGUUUAGGAAGGUUAUCAGAAAAAGUUACAGUUAAAGUGAAGCCCGAAGAAGUGCCUUUACAUCUUAGAGCUCAAGAUGUAUCCACCCAUUCCAUGACUUUGUCGUGGUCUCCUCCAUUACGUUUAAACCCAGUUAGUUAUAAGAUUUCAUACAAUGCAAUAAAAGAAUUUGUUGAUUCGCUUGGAAUGACGCAAACGCAAGAAAUUCCAAAAAGAGAUAUAGUUGUUAAACAUGAUAGAACUUCACACUCCAUUAAUGAUUUAUCUCCAUUUACUACGUACAAUGUGAAUAUAAGUGCCAUACCUAAUGAUAACUCAUAUAGACCUCCUACAACGAUAACGGUAACUACUCAAAUGGCCGCACCUAAACCAAUGGUUAAACCGGACUUUUACGGUGUUGUCGAUAAUGAAAUACUUGUAAUUCUACCUCAAGCGUCUGAAGAAUACGGACCCAUAUCACAUUAUUAUUUAGUCGUUGUACCUGAUGAUAAAGCCCAUAACCAUAAAAACCCAGAUCAGUUCCUAACCGAUGAUUUAAUAAAAAAUAAUGCCAGAACCGAUGAUGAAAAUGCGCCUUACAUUGCUGCAAAGUUUUUGCAAAGAAAUAUACUGUAUACUUUUCAUCUCGGCAAUGACGAAAUGUACGAAGGUUUUCUAAAUAGAAAAUUAAAUCUUAAUAAGAAAUAUAGAGUUUUUGUCAGAGCUGUAGUAGAUACUCCUCAAAAGCAUUUGUAUACAUCAAGUCCGUUCUCAGAAUAUUUAUCAUUAGAUAUGCGAGAAGCUCCACCUGGUGAAGAGCCAAGACGACCUGAUCCGAAGGAUAUCAAUGGAGACCCUGAAAUUAGAAUAGAGGAAAACAGAAAAGAGGCAGGAAUGGUAUGGGUUAUUGGUCCUAUAAUAGCAGCGUUAAUGUUAUCCUUAUGUUUAGUGUUGUUAUUCAUUGUUAAAAGAAGACGACAACCAUGUAAAACUCCUGAUCAGGCAGCUGUUACACGACCAUUAAUGUCUGCUGAUAUAGGGUUCGGUGCACCUUCAGAUCCUGUAGAAAUGAGACGAUUAAACUUCCAAACACCAGCUAUGAUUUCCCACCCUCCAAUCCCUAUAUCAGAAUUAUCCGAACAUAUUGAUAGACUAAAAGCAAAUGACAAUCUCAAAUUCUCUCAGGAAUAUGAAAGCAUAGAACCUGGUCAACAAUUUACAUGGGAUCACUCAAAUAUGGAAGUUAAUAAGCCUAAGAACCGUUACGCCAAUGUAAUUGCCUACGACCAUAGCCGGGUCAUUCUACAACCAAUUGACGGAAUCCUCGGUAGCGAUUACAUAAAUGCCAACUAUUGUGAUGGUUAUAGAAAACAUAAUGCCUAUGUCGCAACUCAAGGGCCACUUCAAGAAACGUUUGCUGAUUUCUGGCGAAUGUGCUGGGAACUACGAACUUCAACAAUAGUUAUGAUGACAAAGUUAGAAGAGAGAACGAGGAUUAAAUGCGAUCAGUACUGGCCUAGCCGAGGUAGCGAGUCAUACGGCAUGAUGACGGUAACCAUUGCAGAAGUUCAGGAACUUGCCACUUAUUGUAUUAGAACAUUCCAAGUGACCAGAAAUGGCGGUGCGGAGCGUCGAGAAAUCAAACAACUUCAGUUCACAGCAUGGCCCGAUCAUGGGGUACCUGAUCAUCCUGCUCCUUUCUUGCAAUUCUUACGUCGCGUCCGUGCUUUGAAUCCGCCAGAUGCCGGCCCUUUAGUGGUACACUGUUCUGCGGGCGUUGGCCGUACUGGCUGCUUUAUUGUUAUCGAUUCCAUGCUUGAAAGAGCCAGACACGAGCGCACAGUAGACAUCUACGGCCAUGUGACAUGUUUACGAGCCCAACGGAACUAUAUGGUGCAAACUGAAGACCAAUACAUAUUUAUCCAUGAUGCCUUACUCGAAGCUGUCAUUUGUGGAGACACCGAAGUGCCGGCUCGUAACUUACAUUCGCAUAUACAGAAGUUGAUGCGAAUCGACACCAUUGAAAACAUAACUGGAAUGGAAUUGGAAUUUAAAAAGCUUGCCAAUAUGAAAGCUGACUCUAGCCGAUUUGUGUCCGCUAGCUUGCCAUGCAACAAACACAAGAACAGACUUGUACAUAUUUUACCAUUCGAGACUACUAGAGUCUGUUUGACUCCACGAGAUAGUUCUGAUUAUAUCAACGCCUCGUUCGUGGAUGGAUACAGAUAUAGAGCUGCCUACAUAGCUACUCAAGGGCCCUUACCAGACACUACGGAUGAUUUUUGGCGAAUGCUUUGGGAGCACAAUUCCACUAUCAUCGUCAUGCUAACUAAAUUGAAGGAGAUGGGCAGAGAAAAGUGUCACCAGUAUUGGCCUUCAGACCGCUCUAUAAGAUACCAAUGCUUUGUGGUUGACCCUAUCGCUGAGUACAAUAUGCCACAGUACAUCUUGAGAGAAUUCAAGGUCACAGACGCUCGCGAUGGCGCCUCUAGGACGGUCCGUCAAUUCCAAUUCACCGACUGGCCAGAGCAGGGCGUGCCCAAGAGCGGCGAAGGAUUCAUCGAUUUCCUCGGCCAGGUGCACAAGACUAAAGAACAAUUUGGCCAAGAUGGACCUAUCACUGUACACUGCAGCGCCGGCGUCGGUCGCACGGGCGUGUUCAUAACGCUGUCGACGGUGCUGGAGCGCAUGCAGUACGAGGGCGUGGUGGACGUGUUCCAGACCGUGCGAACUCUGCGCACGCAACGCCCCGCCAUGGUGCAAACUGAGGACCAGUACGAAUUCUGCUAUCGCGCUGCGCUGGAGUACCUCGGCUCGUUCGACCACUACGCCAACUGACGCUGAGAUAUACUCGUCUAAACUAACCCUUAGAACACCCUGCCGUGUAUCGCCUAAGACAGAAUGAAAAAAAUAAAUUAUCUAUGGUACUUAAUCAUGACGUAAACUCGUGUUGUUAAUCUGCGUUAAUGUAACAGACGUUCGAAAUUUAAAUUUUAGUCGGUUAUUCUGCAAGUUAUUCACAUUUUUUAUUUAAUAUGAAAUUGAGGUAAGGCUUAUAGUAGCAAAGAACCAAUUUCUUUGCUCGACAUGUCUUGAGCACUGCCGUGCCACCAGAUGAGGCGUUUGUUAUUUUAUUACAAGUAUUUACAUAUUAUUAAAAUCAUGACAUUAUUUUUGUCUUCAAUUAAUACUGUUACUGUACCUAUAAUAAUCAUCAAUAAGAAGUCUUUCUACAUUUACAAUAUACUCCUAUCUUAAUUAUUUUAUAUUUAAAAUCUUGAUUUUUUAUAAUUCAUUCUGUAAAAUCACAUGUUAUUAUUUUUACAAUAUAAUCAUAAAACGGUUUUAUUUUAAUCACAGUAUUAUUUUUCACCAAAAAAAAAAUACGUCUGUUACAAAAACAAUUAUACCUAACAACAUGGAUGUUUUAAUUAUACAUUUUUCACUCGAGUUAGACCCAUAUUGAAACUACUAUCGGUACCCUGCAAUUUACACAACACGUUAUUAUGUAAUCUAAUAAUAGUAGGCAGGUAAAUUAUAUAAAUCAUAUACUACUUAAAACUUUACUUACAUUUGAUACAAUUAUGUAUCAAAUGUUUUGAGUUAUUUUGAGGAAUUAUGGAUUUAUUUAUCAUGGAAUUGACUCUGAAGUUAAUGUUUCUAAGAUUUAGUUUACUCGUGAUCAGUGAAUUAAUAUGGGUCUAAAUCUUUUGUUCGUAACCUAUAAAUUGCCAAAUGAUACAUGGUUUUUUAUAUAAAUUUCGCUUAAGAUAGAUAGUUAGAUUUAAAUCGUUAGAUACGCCUACUCUUUAAUUUGAGAUUGUGAUUUUUUACUCUACAAGUUAGCUAUUGACUACCGGUGGUAACUAGCCACUGCCGAUUUCACUGUUUGGUGAAAUAUGUGAACUUCUCAUUUAUGCGUGUCAACUGUGUGUGAUGUGUUUAGAUAUGCGGUUAAUAAAUAAAGGAACUAUUUAAUUAUACCUAUACAAAUAAAUGCAUAUUGAGAAAAUAGAAACACUGUGUAUUUCUUUGAAUCAUGUAUCUACGAUGAAAAUCUAUGUCUAUCUAUAUGUAUUGUUAUUUAAAAAAAACACGGCAGGGUUUAUUACCAUCAAUAAUGGCGAAGUUUUCUCGAAUACUGAAAAAAAAACUAAAUUGUAUCACAAGUUUGUUCGCAAAAAAUCUCGUAUACCUUAUGAGGCUAACACGUACCAGUGCCUAGGAAAAUGUUACUUAUGAUGUAUAUUUACAAAUGACGACCAUUUGGCAAACAUGAUUGUGAAUUGGAAGGGUAAAUAACUUUAAUGAAUUUCUUUGUGAAUAACCCUGCGGACAAAUUGGGUAACUUUGCAUUUAUUUUUCAAGUUUUUGAACUACACAAACGGGACAAUAUUUUUUUUAAAGUGUGUUUAUUGUUUGGUGACGUUUUUAUUGACGUAGGUACUAGUUUUCAAGAUAAAUUUUGUGAUCUUUUAGAAUAUGAAUGAAGAAAUGCAUAAAAGUGGUCUAUUACGCAUACGUAUUCCGGAAAAUAUCAAUGCAAUUUUUAUUUUUAGGCAAAGUUACCCAAACUCAAUUUACCAUAGAUAAUAAAGAAGUUUUAAGCUGUUUUCUGUACUACCUUGUGUAAUCCAAAUUUUUUACUUAUUUGGAAACUUACACUAACGGUCCAUGUGCUUAAUAUGAAAUUUGUACUUGCGUAAUCGUUUCCGAUCAUUGAAAACUUUAAACGUCAAAGUAAAACGGAUCCAUUUGGAUAAAAUUCUGUGUAUACCUACUGUUUUCUUUUACUUGCUAGGAGUUGACUUACAUUUAAACUUUUUGUCCAUAUUUAUAGCACAAAAUAUUAUAAAUUCCAUUUAACAAAUAUAUUAAUAUUUUACUAUGACGUUACAAGUUACAACUUGAUGUUUCAUUAAUCGAAACCUGUGGAGCUAAUGUUUUUAUAACUCGCUAGUGUGAAUCUGAAAUUCGUCUCUAACUCUCUCUGUCUAACACAAUAUUAUAGACAGAGAGAGAUAUAUAUGAAUUCGUAGCUCACACUAUCGAGAUACAGAACUACUCUACUGCUACGGUUGAAAAUGUGCAAAUUUUCUCAUAUUAAGGACCCUUUCAACGAAAACACGCAUGACGUCAUUCGCAUUUUCACUGUCUACUUGACUGUACGAAUGACGCAAACAGCUUAUAUUUAACCAUAUGUAACAAAGAACUUUGAGCGCUGCAGUUCAUGCUAUUUUUUAAUAAUAUUAUGCAACAUUAUCUAAAGUUAGGAAAAAUAAAAUAUCGGAAAAGAAAUUUCGUAAUGGCGGAUUAUUAAAAAAACUAACCAUUUUGCAGCGGAAUACACGAGCAAAUUAUAUCGUACUAUAAUUAUUAUUAUAGACCAAGAGAUGAUCAACUAUUUGUUCAUUGGUUUUCACCUCUCCGUAUUUUUAAUUAAAAAAGAAUACUAAACGUACAAGCAACCAGUUUUAGAAACUAUGUUUCUCUACUGUAUAAUUUGAAAGAUCUUUAUUAUGCUAGUUUGUACAAAUACGGACCGGGCCACGACCAUUUUGAAUAAAUCGUUUAUUGAUCUUGGAAAAUUAGAAUUGAAUCAGUGCGCUUAGAGGACGUUAUGCGACUAUUAUAAUAUUUUACUCUGAUGAUCACAUAAUAUAAUAUAUCUUAUACGACAUUAUAUUGUAAAAUGUAUAAAUAGUUAUUGCAGCUGUAAUUAGAAGUUUAUUUUUCAUAUCGGGUGUUAAAUACGUUUAGUAGUGUAAAUUUGUGGUAAAAAAAAAAUAAUAACAUGUUUCAUUAAUGCAAUAUAACAAACUCUUUAGGACGAAUCGGCUGUGUCGUGUGAAAUUCUGUCAUGUGCGUAGUAGAUAUGUAAUUUGUGUAAAUAGCUAUAAUUUAACAUAUUUUUGUUGCUUUAAAGUCGGUCUAUGCUCUAAGUUCCUCUCUUUUAUGGGAGAGUUUUAUGCCCAAAUGUUGGGUCAUUAAUUAGGGUGAAGCUGAUUACUUCUAUAUAUUUCUCUUGCCCAUUCCAUGUUUAAAUUUAUUUAAAUCUUAUCAUAAACAAUAAAAAGCGAGGCUACCAUAGACUAAUAUUGUGUACAGUAAAUCACAUUUUUAAGUUACAAUACAAAAAUACUUCAGCGAAUUCCAUACCUUCAAUUAAUGUUCGCCUUUUAAUUUUACGAUAAAGUUUUCAAUCAAACCUAAAAACUGAUAAAAUAAAAUUUUAAAAAUCAGUUGAGAUUUUAAUCAAAGUAAAAUUGUUCUUCUACUUAUAAAUAUAGGAACUUGUAAAUGUGGUUCUACUGUAUUUUAGAUCAUUUAUGAUAAGAUUUUUGAAUAUCAUGACAGAAAUAAAAUUAAGUCAGUUUAGGUAACGAAAUUGCUACGUUUUAGGUAGACCUCUUGUUCUGUUACUCAGCUAUCUAUUUUAUUGUUUUUUUUAUAGAUUUAGGACAUAUUUUUUAACAUCACUGCCCCCAGUAGGUGAAGACGGUGAUUCAAUGACAUAUCUAUUUGUUAGGUAGAAAAAAAUGUUUUGUCGGUGUGUUGUAAUGUUUUAAUGAAAUUGUAAGGAAAUGAUUCGAAUAUGAAUCGAAUCGUAAACUAUUAGAAUGGUGUAGUCGAAAAUUAUCGAUGACGCCUAGUAAAAAAUCCAAGUCACGUUUAUUAGACAAAAUAAUUUAAAAUAUUGUUGACAGCUUUAUUAUUUUUGUCUUUCUAGAGUGAAGUGCAUGGUUCUAAGCAACAAAACGCGGUCGCCUAUUUUAUAUUGUUUAUUAUUUUAAUUUUGCGCUUUUUCGCAUUUAAACCUUAUUUUCUUCGGCUCAUAACACCCUUCAUACUAUUUUAAGCUAUCUUUAAGUGUAGAAUUGUUUAACCUUUUACAAUAACCUCUUGCCCAAUAUCGUAUUAAGGUUAUUAGGUUUUCCACUCGUUUUAUACAAUCUAUACAUUAUAUCGAUCUACGAGUACGUGUAAGUUAAAGUUGAGCUUUUGACCUAGUAUUAAAAACAUAAUAUGCAUUCUACGAAAUCUGGAGGUAGCUUGUAGUCUUUAAAAAUAAUACACCAUAAACAAAACAAUAAAUACAAUAUUAUUUUAUUUAGGAUAUCUUGCGCAUUUUUCCUAUAAUAUUAUUUUAAUAAUAAAUCAAUCUUUAAUACAAAUGUGAUCAUGGACACUCUUUUAACCGCCACUACUUCUAGUUGGACUUUAUCGUUUUAUCUAUGGUGUAAAGAAGACUACUCGCUCUGUAAACAGUAACACGGUCGACGUCAACUGCCAAUCGUUCACGUAGAAAUAAUAAAACUUAAGGUGUAUCGAUAAAUCGAAAACGUACGUAGGUUUUAAUGAAAAAAAUAUUGUUAAAUUGAGGUUAUAGUGAAAAUUUAAUACUCGUUGAUGAAUCGUAUAUGUAAUCAGAUGUGCUUACACGCUAGUGAGAGCCUAACAACCACUUUGGGUAAGGUAUUUAAUCAAGUACCUAGUUAUUACACUUCCAUCAAAUACCUCCUCAAAUUUUCGUCAUGGGCUCUUAGACUAUAAAUCGAAUGAAAUAUAAAUAUUUUUUUCUUUUAGCCUCUUAUGCUGUUGAAAUACUAUUAAAUCAAAACCUUCGAUGUUACCUUAAUUAUGAAUUAUGUUUUUAAUACAUAUCUACCUAAUCAACUUUACAUGAUAUGUGCCACACCGUUUUUCAUUAUUAUUUCGUUUUUACAUUUGUUAUUGACGCCAUUUUCGUGUUCAUAAAUAAAAAAAAUACUUUAUUGUAAUGUUGCCAUUAUACGGAAUUACCACUACGAAGGUAUAACAAAUAACAUUGAAAUCUUUUGUUAUAUCAUUUUAUUACGUUACGUUAUAACAUUAUUAUAUUAUUUUCAAAUUGCAAAACUCAGUAAAAAUUACGCACAUUACCGACCUGUAAAAUAGUAAUCCAUAUUUUUUUUUUACUUGAUACAUUUUUUUUUUGUGACAAAUGACGAAAUCAGCAACGCAGCAAUAUGAAAAUAUUUUAGGCAUUAUCGAUACUGCAAUUUCCACAGCGUUGCAUGUUGCAAACAUUAAAAAAUAUAAAGUGAUACUUUACAAUUAGUGACGUUUCCCUAUAAUACAAGUUUGUAUUAAAUCUAUAUGAUGCAUAUUUUGCUGCACACAAGUCUCAAUUAAUAUGUUAUAAUAUUUCAACUCCUUUCACAUUACUCAUGUGUGAAAAAUACCUAUUCAUUUAUUACAAUAUAGAGAUGUGUGUAGAGCAUUGCCACCACCAUUUUCUGCUACCAUGUUGAUAAUGUCAGUAUUGUUUAUACGAAUGCAACAACUAUAAAACAAUGCCAUAAAUAGGUGCUGUAUGAAUGUAAUUCCAUUUUUAGUACAAAAUAAUGUGUUAAAAACAAAUCAUGUUUGUAUCCAAUGUUAAUUUGUAAUUUGCGUGUAUGUAAAAGACUGAUUUACUACAUUUUUUCCAUGUGUUCUUAAUUAAUUUUGUAAACUGAUUUUAUGGUCUCCUGUGUAGCUAGCAGUAUAGGAGUGUAUGAUUAUUUUAAUAUAUUUAGAUAAUUGUAAGUUUCUUUAUAUAAAUAUUAAGUUUUAAGUGAUUUCUACAACUGCCUGGCGUGGAGGGGAACCAAAAUUAUUGUUUUUAUUUUCUUCCAUAUUAUAAAAAUUAACAGUGUGAUAUGGAGUUUAUUUUUGCCAAAAAAAAAUGUUUAAAAUGAAAAUAUUAGUAUUUUUAUAAAGCAAUAAGAAAUUAAACAAAAUGGACAAAUAUAUUAUAAACCAAGAUGUUUAAUUUUUCGAACGUAAUAAUUUUAGUUCCCCCGUGUAUUGUAAUUAACUUAAAAUUAAAAAUGUACAUGUUAAAUUGCAUUAUUUUUAAUGUAUUCAAUGUUGCAAUCCUUAAUGAAGUAGCCGCCUUGCGUUUUGUAUAUUUUGAAUUGCUAAGUUGGUACGGUGUUGCCAUAGCUUAAAUAUAUUUUAAUGCAAAAAAUUAAAAGAUGGCGGGCGCAAUAAUGAAGGCGGGACGGUGUGUGAAUGUAUUUAGUAGGAGUUCGUAGACGAUGAUUAUUUUGUAAAAGGAAUUAAACUCUCCCGCCCUGCGUCUCGAGACACGGUGGAUUCGCAAAUUAUACAUAAUUUAUAUGAAGAAAUAAAUUUAUGUGAGGCGAUAUA